AAAAGCCAAGACGUUUGUCAUAUCAUCAUUCACAGUUCAAACGCAUUUCAGAAGUAAAACAACCAGUUCUUUCAUUUAAAUUUGAUUACUAAAGAUAUUUGAGUAAAAAUGGCAGCAAGAUUUAUUGCAUUGUUCUGCCUUGUCGCAGCUGUCAGUGCUUUUCCAGGUGGUCAUGGUGGUGGAGAAAGUCAUCAUGUAGGAAGUGUAAAAGUUCCAAUUCACACCGUCCAUAAGCAUCAUUAUACCAAAGUUCCUGAAUAUAAAAUUAUUAAAGUACCAGUUGUAAAGGAAGUUAAGGUUCCAUACCCAGUCAAAGUUCCAAUUAAGAUCCCAUACCCAGUUGUUGUUAAACAAGAAAUCCAUGCCGUUCCAGUCCAUAAAUAUCCAGUUCACUCUUCAGAACAUGUUCAUCAUGGACAUUCAGGUGGUGGACAUGGGGGAGAAAUUGAAAUUAAGCACCAAGAAGUUAGCGGUGGACACCAAGAAGCAGGACAUUCAGGUGGUGAAGGAUUAGGUGCUCAUGGUUUCAGUGGACAUGGUGCUGAUUUCGGAGUUAAUCAAGGAGGUUAUGGUGGUGAUAUGGGUCAUUCAGGACAUGCUGGAUAUGGAUUUGAAUCAGCUGGACAUUCCUCAGGACAUGGAGGUUUCGAAUCUGCUGGACAUGGUGGUUAUGAAUCUGCUGGACAUAGUUUUGAAUCAGCUGGACAUGGUGGUUUCGAAUCUGCUGGAAAUGGUGGUUUUGGACAUGGUUUAGAAGGAGGUCAUAGUGGUUUUGAAGGAGGACAUGCCAAUCAUGGUUAUGAAGUUAAUCACGGAGGAUUCGAAGGUCAAGAAGGUGGAUAUGGAGGUCAUGAUUUUGGAGGUCAUGGAGGGCAAAUCGAAGAAUCACAUGGAGGAUCCCAUGGUGGAGAUAGUGGUCAUGGAAAAUGGUAAAAAAAUCAAUCAAUUACCAUCAAAUCUUUGCUCAAAAGAAGCUAUUUGUUAUGAGCUUUAAGCUCAUCAUCUUUAAAGUCAUCAACUUAUUGUUGUAAUAAGACUGUCGUUAUCUGUUGA